UUAUUUUAUUGAGCCAUUUGUUCCUCUGCAUACUGUGGCCAAUAUUAUUGCACGUUGUUCAGGCGUGGUCCAAUAGGCCGCGAGUUUGUUUGAUGACGACAGAAAGCAACAAGAAGUUUCCAAAAUGGUGCUUGAAAGUACUAUGGUCUGUGUGGACAACAGUGAAUACAUGAGAAAUGGAGACUUUCUACCAACAAGACUACAGGCUCAGCAGGAUGCUGUCAACAUCGUCGCCCACUCCAAAACACGCACCAAUCCAGAAAACAAUGUCGGCCUCAUCACCAUGGCAAAUAACUGUGAGGUCCUGACCACGUUGACACCAGAUACUGGUCGGAUCCUGUCAAAACUCCAUGCUGUCCAGCCAAAAGGGAAGAUCUCCUUUUGUACAGGCAUCAGAGUGGCUCAUCUGGCUCUGAAACACAGACAAGGAAAAAACCACAAGAUGAGGAUCAUUGCAUUUGUCGGAAGUCCUGUCGAAGACAAUGAAAAAGAGCUUGUCAAGUUGGCAAAGCGCUUGAAAAAAGAGAAAGUAAAUGUGGAUAUUAUCAAUUUUGGAGAAGAGGAAGUGAACACAGAAAAGCUAACCGCAUUCAUAAAUACUCUAAAUGGGAAGGAGGGGACAGGCUCCCACUUGGUCACAGUCCCUCCAGGACCCAGUUUGGCUGAUGCACUUCUUUCUUCUCCCAUUCUGGCUGGUGAAGGAGGCUCUAUGAUGGGUCUUGGAGCCAGUGACUUUGAAUUUGGUGUGGAUCCCAGCGCUGAUCCAGAGCUGGCCUUGGCCCUGCGUGUAUCAAUGGAAGAGCAGCGGCAGAGGCAGGAGGAAGAGGCCCGCAGAGCUGCUGCUGCUUCUGCAGCAGAGGCAGGCAUGCCUACACCCAGUGCAGAUGAAUCAGAAGAGGCCCUAUUAAAGAUGUCAGUUUCUCAACCUGAGAGUGGCACAGCAGUGCUUCCUGACUUCAGCAGCAUGACAGAGGAGGAGCAAAUAGCGUACGCCAUGCAAAUGUCACUUGCUGGAGGUGAGUAUGGUGAUAUGGACACAGGAGCCCCCAUGGACACUGCAGAAUCUGCCAAGGAGGAAGAUGACUAUGAUGUGAUGCAAGACCCUGAAUUCCUUCAGAGUGUCUUAGAGAACCUACCUGGUGUUGACCCGAACAACGAAGCCAUCCGCAAUGCCAUGGGCUCUCUGGCUUCCCAGACAGGAACCAAGCCGGACAGCAAAAAGGAUGAAGAGAAGAAGAAAUGAGGAAAAGACACACUUAGUUAUUGACUAGAAAUUAAAAAUGGCAGGCUAAUGCAGAACUACAUCAAUAUAUGAGGCGAUUGCUGGCGCAUCAGCUGCAUGACAGCACUCUGCUCAUCCAUGUUUCUCAAGACACUCAAGAAGCACCAGUACAGAAGAAACAGUGGUUUCACUUACUACCUUUCUAAAUGAUUUGGUUGACCCGUAACAUAAGAUUAUACCUUAAAGUGUAGUAUAACGUAAUGUCAAACCACUUGGCUCCUGUGCUCUCUGCCCUUCUCUAUCCGGCAUUAUCACUGUUAAAGGACCCACAUGACGAGAACGAUGACAGGCGUUUAAAUUAAAGUUAGCCACACUCCUGUCAUGUUUUUUGUGUUUUUGCAAUAAAAGCAUAUGUAAAUA